UGGCGGCGAGCAAGAGACGGGCGGCGGGCGGGCGCGGCGGUUGCUAGGCGGGUUGCUAGGUCCCGCCUACCGCGGCCGCCAGGGUGGGUAGGUCCGUCUGGCUGCAGCGCGGCGCUGGCAGCGCGGCACCCGUCGGCGGAGGGGCGCGUCCGGCCCGCGGCGUGGGGCCCAGCGGAGGAGCGGCGGCGCGGCGGCGGCGGUGGCAGCGCAGCGCCCGUCGGCGGGGCGUGGGGAGGCCGCGCGGCCGGAGCGGGUAAAGUGUAUUGAAGGCAACAAUGGAACGAUUUGGAGUGAAGUCCGCUCCGUCACGUAACCGCUCGAAGACUGCUUUGUAUGUCACUCCUCAGGAUCGCGUAACUGAGUUUGGCAGUGAGCUGCACGAAGAUGGAGGAAAACUCUUCUGUACUUCCUGCAAUGUGGUUCUGAAUCACGUUCGCAAGUCUGCGAUCAAUGACCACCUCAAGUCUAAAACACACACAAAGCGAAAGGCAGAGUUUGAAGAACAGAACGUCAGGAAGAAGCAAAGGACUCUGACUGCCUCCCUUCAGUGCAACAGUACUGCCCAGACAGAGAAAACCAGCGUCAUCCAGGACUUUGUGAAAAUGUGCCUGGAAGCUAAUAUUCCACUUGAGAAGGCUGAUCAUCCAUCUGUGCGAGCCUUCCUGUCCCGCUACGUCAAGAAUGGCAGUUCAAUACCUAAAUCAGACCAGCUAAGGAAAGCAUACCUGCCUGAUGGGUAUGACAAUGAGAACCAACUCAUCAAUACUGAAGACCGUUGAGAAGAAAACUGUUUUCAUCAUUGUUGUGAAGUUUUACAUAUUGAUGGUGUGGUUUAUUUUUAUAUUCAUGCAUAUAUACAGUGUUACAUAUUGGUUUUACAGCUAUUUUGUAUUAUUGUAGAAAUGACAAUCUAUUUGUGAACUUAAUGGUAUGCCACAGACUGUUGCUAACCCUGCUGUAGACUUCAGAGCUACAUUGAUGUAGAACUCAUGAUGAACGUAGGGAACAUACCUGGCAUACACCUUAUGUAUGUUCAGUGACGCUAAGAAAAAGGCACUCGGAUGGAGGACCUCGCUUGCCUAAACUGUGCAUCUAAAUAUACAAGAAAGAUGAUGUGAUAGGGAUUGUUAAUCAUGUCAGUGGAUUGCUUUGUCCAGUAUCCUGUCCGUGAGUGACCAAGAAGAAGCGCUGCACGUUUGAAAUGCAAGAACCUGUAGAGUGGUUAGUUAAAAUACAACUGCUCUGUUGGGGGAGGAUUAUUGCAGAUUCCUAUUCAAGUUCAGUUCAUGUUCUAAAACAAAACAUUUUUCUUCUAGAAUGCUCUCAUCCUAUUUGGUGCAACUAUGGAUGUAUUCAUUAUCUAGCUUAAAUAGCUGGUCUCUGGUAUUGACCUCUGAACUCCACUAUUCUCAUAAAGCUGGGAGUUCUGCAGGUUUACCACGCCUGCUGUUUUAAAAUCACCGUUUCAUUGUCAUAAUUUAACAUGUCCACUUCAGUUUCAGUGCCAACCUUUGAAAGCUGAGUAGACAAAUCAGUAACUGAGUGUGGCUUGCUGCACAGCUGCUGGCACGUGAAACUUAUACUGGACCAAGAUCUUAGUAGAGAGGAUUAACCCCUUUUUCUUACUAGCAGGAUAAAGGAUGCUAAAUCUCAAUUGAGGGUGUGAGAGGCACUAAAUUGUGGAGUUGAGAAAGCUUUUUGACAGUGCACAGAAGAGGCUCCUCCAUCUGUCCCUGAAGGUCCUCAACAUCUCUGGCCUUGUCCUCAGCCUUUUACGCAAAGGAGUUAAAGUGAUUAAAAUAGUUUUCAAAAUACUUACUGCAAAGGCUAUUCAGUACCUGUAAGCGCAAGUAGGAAAGCAUGUGUGCUUUGGAGCUAUACUGGAAUUACAGACCUGGGCUGUAUUUCUUACUCUGUGCUGAGGCCACAUCUGUUGGACUAGCAAAAACUAAAAUGGGAAAUUGAAGAAUUUCAAUAAUAUUACCCUCUCCAAAAUCUAGUAAACUAUUACUGAGCUAUUCCAAAUUAUUAUGCCAAAUAGUCCAUUCGAUGUAAGUGCUUGAUAUAUAAAGUUUUUGAAUGGAAUGAGGGAGCAUUGUGCAAAGUGCUGGAACAUGACCAACUUACGCCUGCUCUAGAUUUCCUUGAGAUACUCUGGGUUCAAGGAGGUGCAAAGCAUCUUCUAGCAGUACAGAAAUCCUCCACUCAGUGGACACAAUGCUGUAAGCAUGCUUUAUCUCCCUCAGGUGGAGCCAGUUGUUCUGCUCAGCUUCCCUUCCCCAGCAGAGUUUCACAGUAUCUGUUUCUCAGUAUUUCUUUUAUUGCAGAUAUUUGCAGCAAUACUAAGUAAUUGCUAAAAAGAGACAAAUAAACCUGCUUAUUUUGUUUCUGUAGCUAUUUCCCUAGCUAUUUUUAGAGCAGUCUCUUUUGCUGGAUUGAGAGAGACUUACAUACUUAGUAACAACUGUUUUUUGUGCAAUUAGCUCCUACAGAAAUGCACUUGUAUUACUUGCAACCAUGUCUUGUAGCCUUCUGCUGUGAGACCUGUUGGAAUAAAUGGGCAAAGCUAAAGAGCAGAAGGCUGCCUAUCCACGUGUACCAGUAUACGAGUACUCGGUACACUGCUGCGCCUUUGGUCCCUAUUGAAGCUAGUGGGGCUCCACGCAGUCAUAGCAAUCCUGUCAAUGAUAGUGGUUGCUGGUUUAGAACUUCAGACAGAAAUAACAGUAGUAAUUUUUUUCUCUCAUCCUAGAUAUCAAAAUAUGCCUUCCAAAAUAUUUGCUAUUGCACAAGCUUGGGUUUAGCUUAAGAUCAUGAACUGCCUUGGGCUAGAACUGUUUUAUAAAUCUUCUUAAGCCAACUGAAAGGUACACUGCCAAUAGCCUUUUCUGUCCUAACAAUAAUUGAAAGUGUUCUUUUGCAGCUGCUGUUUCUUUACAGUGAAACAACAUCCUUGCUUUAAUUUUUUUAAUUUUUUUUUAACCUCAUGAAUGCUAUCUUAGAAUUGAAGAAAAUAGAAAACAAUGGAGUAUUGAGAAAACAGGCUUCCAUUAAGCAAAAGCAUCUAGAGAAGAUGGUCUGAUCAAAAGGUAUGAAUUUGAACUAGUUAGCGCAGUUCUUGCUAAUACGGGAUUUGACAGGCUGCACCCCAUAACCAUUUUAUAUAGGAUUCUAUGUUUUUCCCUUGACUGGCAAACUAACAGACAUUUUGAAAAGCUUAAUGGUAAUGUUAAAUAGGCUCUUGCACAACUGGAAACAAAAAAAAAAAAUCAAGUUACUUUCACUUACACAGUUUUACAUAAAAAUAAAUUAGCAAUGUCAACAGCUUUUGUUAAAAAAAGAAAACCAGUCAUUUUCAAUAAGGCAGAGCAAUACUAGAACACUUAGUUUCUCAAAAGUUUAUUCUAUUUAUAAAGCACUCUGUGUACAGGGCCUCAAUUUACAGAAUUAAUACAAUUCUUUAAGUAUUUUCAAUAAUUAUUCUAGUACCAACUUAUGUUUUAUGCAGAAUUACUGCAGAGGGUAUGAGCCUGGUGAGGCUACAAGCUCAUAACAAUUUGGAAGCAAAAAAAAUGAUCAUCAGAAUUUUGAAUGGAACUGGCUUAAUUCCAAUGCACAGCAGUUUGCAGGACACUCAUGUUUUAAUAAUAGGAUAUUUUUGUUAAAAAAAUACAAACAAACCCAAAAAAACACCUCAACAUUUUUCAAGCUUUAUGAAAAUCAAGAUGUUGAUCCAUUGCAACAAAUAGUCAUAAUGGAGUAAAACAAUGAAAAAUAAAGCACUUCCAGGUGAUCUAGAAACAAUAAUGAAUAAGUAAGUUUAUAUUCAUGGACAUAACCCACGGACAUAACUGUCAACAAGACAGUUACACUCAUUUUCUUCAUAAGUAAAAAUGGUUCCACUCGGUCUUGGAACAGAGUCCUGCAAACAGUCAAGUUCAGAGCAUAAUUUUGCCAGUGUGGCUGUAGUUGGAUAAAGCAUAACCUUGAUUUCAUUGCUAUUGAUCUUAGAGAAGAUUUACAGUGGAAGUUUUCUGGUAUAUCUAAACCUGAGUAAUAACCACAGCCUCUGUUCUAGGAAUUAGUUAAGUUGUUUAACAGUCUCCAUGGGGUUUUCCUUUUUUCUGCAAGAACACUGCAUUAUUUUUCCAUGUAUUUCCUGUAAAGAGUACUCUCAGAAGUAAAAGGAGGAUGGUAGUAAUGUUUGCUUUUCAUUUUACAUACAUAUUUAGGGACAAGCUAUAUGGGAUACUUUUUGCCAGGUGGUUUUAUUAAUAUAUUUGAAACUCUAAAUGUAAUAUAAAAAAAAAAAGAAAUAUUUUCUUCUCUGACAAUGUACUUACAUUAGUUUAACCAACUCACAGCUAAAAUUACUCCAAAGUGCUUUUCUUGCAACAAGAGUAAAAUACAAAAAAGAACA